AUGGUGUUCAACGCUCGAGAACUCGGGCUUGAACUUGCAAUAGACAACGAGGAGGGUCAGGUCAAGCAGAAAGGAAUCCUGCACGGCUUGGAGCAUCAGGACGAAAAUGCAGAGACGCGCUCGAAGCGUCUGGCAUGGGAAGAAGACAUUAGGAAAGAGGGCAAGAAAUACCUCAUAGAGGUAAACCCAAACUACACCAACAAAUCUACAUCAGACAUCUACAACCACAUCGACAUACGCUGGAUCGAUGUAAACAACGGGCUGUAUAUUGACAUCACAACACUCCACGUCGCACCCGCCUCCGAACAGAAUUCCAUCGCCAACUCUCCCUACUCCAGCACCCACCCCUCAGCCCACGAAUCCGAUCCUGACGCCUUCGACGACGAAACAUUACUAUACGUCAAAGACACCCACGCCUACCUCAACACCCAAAUCUUUCCCCUCCGACAAUCCACCCUCGAGGGCGUAAACGUAAAAGUCCCAUAUGCGUAUGAGGAACUGCUGCUAGAGGAAUAUGGAUCAGAUGCUCUGACAGAGGAUUGGUACAACGGAUAUCAGUUCAACAAAAAGACAGGGCAGUGGAAGAAGAAAGGACCGACGGAAGACCAGAAAGCCUAUUUCAGAAGGAAAAGCGGAAAGGAUCUGGGGAGAUUGAGCAGUACGGGAAGGAUUGGACAUGGAUGGAAGGGGCACGGUGCGCUCGAGGGAGCGCUGAAGGAGGAGGGGGUACAAUUGGAUGUUGAGAGGGGGAGGUGGGUCGAGUAG